GUUUUCCCGAAGACCUCCACUCUCACCCAGAGACCGUCCGCAGCCGACAUCUGUGAGACCUGGUUCCGUGCAGAGCCGAGGAGGAGGUGGUGCCGGUGGAGGACGACACUGCAGCAGACAUGCCGGGCCUGCUCCACAUCACACUGAUCGCAGCUCUUCUGGCCAGCUGUGAUGCCUUCAGACUGGGUUCGUCCCAGCGCGUCACACCCCUCAGUCCCCCGGUGGCCCGUCUGCCCCAGGAUGAGAGCCAAGCCCCGCCCCUCUUCAUCCAGGAAUUGGCCAGAACCAAGCGCCACUCGGCCCGUGAGUUAGUGCGAGCCCAGCCUCAUUUGGUUCACGACAUGGGCUGGCCAGAGAUCCAUGAAAUCUCCCGGUCCCAGGCCCAGACGGACCCGGCGAACUCCUCUCAGUUAAGCCCACCAUCCUCCGCCAGCCCGGGUGUAGCCAGGACCCCGGCCGCUGUGGACGAAAACCUGGAUGUGGAAGACGAGAUGGAGCGCAUGGUUCAUCUGGCGGUUCCCCAGGAUGCCGGAAGUUACGGGGAACAGCCGGACACCACUGACCCGGAGACGGGGCUCUCCAGUGGGCCCGGAGCUGGCGACGCCUCCCAGGAGGCCUCGGGAUUUUACGGAACGGACGCGGAGGACAGAGACAGAGGAGACGAGGGAGGAGAGGACCGGGAGAGAAGAGGAGGAGAGGACGAGUGGGAGAGAGACAGAGGGGAGGACAGAGAGGGGAGAGGGGGAGAUCCCAGAGGAGAGGAUGAAGAGAUGGAGGGAGGGACCGAUGAUCAGGACGCUUUAGAGGCCAACCGCACAACGCCGGAUCUGGAUGCUCUGAUUGGCUACAGUCCAUCUUUCCACCCCUCUAGCUCCAAGCAGCCCCGCAUCUCCUCCCCAGCCGAGUCGCAUGAUUCUAGGCCACAGGAGCAUCGUGCGUCCCGGGUCCUGGAGGUGGGUCCUUUAGAAAGAGAGCUGUGGGAGGCCGAGGCGGAGGAAGACGUUCAGUCCAGUGGCUACGGAGUCCUUCACUCCUCCUUCGCUACGACUAGUGCUCCAUCUACUGCUACUGCUGCGUUUACUUCUACUUCUACGUCUGCCUCUCCUGCUGCUGCUGGUGGAGACGCUGUAGGUACUGCCACCCCUGAGACUGACACCGGCACAGACUUCGGGCUCCUGGGAGGUUAUACCAAAGAUGAGACGGUGGAUGAGGAGACCGAGAGUGAGGAGGAAGAGGAAGAAGCAGGUCUGACACACACAGGUGGGUUUAGCCAGAAUCCCACUGUACCAGAGGUCGGCCUGGCUCCCAGCAGGGAGCCUCUGCAGCCCAGCAUGGAGGAACACGAGGAGCUGGAACAGGGAGAACACGAGUUCAAAGGAGUUAAACAGAAAGACAGAGGUGCAGAGUUGGAGGAGCAGAAAUGGAAAACGAUUGGGAGAGGCGGAACAAGAAUCAGACACAUCGUCCCGCUCACCACGGGUCCCUCCUCGACCAUCGGCUUCGCCGACCCGUCCUGGGAUUGGCUGGAAAGGACCACGCCCCUGCAGGCCCAGAGGUCAGAGAGCAGGGGCGGCGGGGUCACGGAGGUCCUCUUACCGUACAGCCAUUUUGAUGAGCUGGAGGAGGCACAGCAGGUAGUGUGCGUAGACUGGAUUGAGCUGGCUGGACGUGGGUAUGUCAUCCUCAACAUGACGCAAAACAUGAACUGUGAGGAGUUCCGUGUAGACCAGGGCGUACGGUUGUUGAAGAUCAUGGAGCGAGUGUUUGCUCGCAGGAUGAACAGCCCCGAGGGAUCAUGGGUACUCUACCUCAGCAAGCCUACACACCAGCAACACCAGCUGCUGAUGAAUGUGGCAUCUGAACACGGUACACACGCACAAACUUAAAAGUACUGUAUGUACGGGUGUUUGCUUCCUCAGGUGGGCAUCCAGAACUACAGCGCAGCCAGUAGCUGUCACUCUCGGCCCAGUCAGACACGCAGCGACUACGGCAAGCUGUUUGUGGUUCUGGUGAUCAUCGGCUCCGUCUGCAUGGUCAUCAUCACAUCUGGAUUUAUAUACAUCUGCUGGCAAAGACGACUGCCUGCAACCAAGACCACGUUUCAUGCUGAGGAGCUUCACUUUGUGGAGAAUGGUUGCCAUGACAACCCCAUGCUGGACGUGACCAAUGACAGCCAGCCUGAGAUGCAGGAGAAGAAGCCGAGUACCAAUGGACUCGCAGGGGGAAGAGAAGGAGGCAGGGAGGACAGCAGUCGCUGGCAGGUUUUUGUCAAUCAAGCAGCGACUGAGGAGGAGGAAGAGGAGCAGGACACACAUCUCUGAUGGAUGAAGAGGAAGAGGAGACAGGUUAUGAUGGAUGAGCAUCUUUGAUAGAUGAUAAGUGGAGCCGAGAGGGAAGAAGAAGAAGAAGAUGAUGAUGAUGACAGCAGAAAAAACAGGAUGUCUUCGAUGGAGAGAAGAUAACAAAGAAGGGAGAGGAGGAAGAGAAAGGAAUGAGAAAAGAGAAAACGUAGUUGAUGGCGAGGUUUAAAGCCCGAGUGAUAGAUGUGUUGUCCAGUCAGAGUCAAGCUAUGAUUGAGGAGCAUAGCAGGAGGAGUCACUGAUAUCAUCAUGGAGAUUAGACACUGAGGUACACGUCACAUACAUGAAUUCAUUUCUAAGAUGUCAACCUUUUGAAAUGGUCAUCAGAGUUGGACUUAACAUGCCGACCUGAUGUUAGAUAACGUCACUAUUACAUGAAAAACACCUGUUCAGUGUGCCUUAUUCUUUUAGCUUUUAGCAAUGUGGCUGCACGAGACAAUUUAAACAUAAGACUAGAGACAAAUCAUAUCAUAAAGCACCUUUUUCCGACGUAAAUGCUUGAAUGUAAAGGAGCGAAGUCACGUGAAGCCUAUUCCUUUGUCAAAAUGGUCCUUGACUGGUAGCAGGAACCUAAAAUAAUUUGAAACAUUUCCCCAGGCUGGAGGCAGGUAUAAUACCCAAGAAGACAGUGUUUACUUUGAUUACGCUGAUGCUUUCUUUAGAUUUUUAAAACACUAAAUGACGGUGGUGGACAGUAACUGAGUCCAUUUUUCAAGGACUGCACUUAAGUACAAUUUUGAGGUACUUGA